UUUCUUACUGUUGUACUGUAAUAUUAUAUUUUGUAAUAUUGUACUGUAAUAUUAUAAUUUCAAAAAUUGAGAAUUGUUAUGAGAAAAUUACUUAAAGCAUGAUCUUUUAUCAUUUUUACAUUAUAUACCAUAAAUAAAAAUUGUAAUAGUAAUUUCUCUAAAUGCUUUUAUAUCGCUGUAACAUAUUUUUAUUUUACUUUUUUUGCAAGAGAAGGAAUGAUGUAUGAUGUGAUCAUUGUUAUGUUAUGCUUUUGUCUCUUUCUUGAUCGAAGCUUUUUUAAUAAUACAACAUACGUGGUUACAUUCUAUGGGAUAGUCGUUGAUGUUCCAUGGCAAUCGUUGCGAGAAUACAAGAUUAUGGCUUAAGGAGAAAGCCGUUUCUCGGUGGAUGGAGAAAUACUGUUACCGGCUUGAUCUAUCACAAUGCCUGCACGCAGACACGCAGCAAUGAAACAAGGAGUAAGACCACGCAGACCAUAAUGGUCGUAGAUACGGUCACUGAUGUCGUUCACGAUCAGGCAGUACAGGUGGAGGCGAUACAGUUUUUACCCGAUACAUGUGACAAAAUUAUUACGCCUGGAAUUUCUUCCUUCAGGAUGCCAGAGUCGAUUAAAAAAAUUAAGCCGUUAUUCUAUCAAGAUAAUAUUAAAAGGGAUAAUAAUAAAAUUCUUGACAGCGUCAUUAAAAUACAGAAGUGUUAUAGCAGGAAUACAACUUUUAAUAAUUCUGUAACUAUUUCUAAACUUUUAUGUGUGUUAAAACAGUAUAAUAAUAAAGUUAAAGAAAAAGAAUUUAAGUUUAUUAUUAACUUAAUACAUAAAAAUGUAUUUUGUAUAUUAAAAAGAAAAUUACCUUACGAUCAACAAGUUCAAAGCAAUUAUCGAUUUGGAUCGGGGAUUCGCAGGGCUUAUCGGGCUAGAGCGGUGACUAGAACAAACGUUUUCGAAGUGGCUGAUGUUUCUCACUAUGAUGAGACGAACGUGAUCGAGCUUCGAGACUCGGGAUGUUCUCAGGUGCUGUCCACUUACAGUGGCACGGAUUUCGUGAUACUGAAUCGCUGUUUGCCACGUACGAGCUCGGACUUUGAAUUGCUCUACAAUCUCCUCGACCGCUGGCGAAUCCUCGAGACCGAGCGAGCAAGUCUUACGCUUCUUGGAUCAUCGAAGGUCGCCGCUUGUGGCCUAAUCUUGUCAAAAGAGAUCGAGCUGUUACGCGCCAUAGAUUCUAUGAAGACUGCUGUUCGUUUCAAAUGCAGGGAACAGAAGCGACACAGAUUCUUAGACGAGUUAUCCAGACCAAUUGCCUGGCGGGACAGUCGAGAUCGACCGAUCCUAGUGGACACCUUGCGUGUUCAGCGAGCUCGUCAGCACAGAAACGUUUACGCCUCGCUGGCUAACAAGAACUUAUCCAUCUCAGAACGAGUUGAUUUAUUAUACGACUUGAAACACAUUGCUGAUAUGCACACAUGUGGUCAAUCGCGUGAGCUCGUUUAUUUGAUCGAUCAGGAGCUAAAUCUUUUAACAUGUCGUGUGGACACGAAUAGACUCAACUGGCUCAGGAAUCGACUGAAGUUGAGCUUUCUCAAACUGGCACGCAAUACUCUGCAAGGUCUUUUAAUGUUUUUUUUUUUGUUUAUGAUGAUAGCAUAUGUCUUAGGCGACAUUGAAGAAGACGCACAUCUGUUCGAUUGGUCGGAUAAUAGCAUCACGCGGCUUUGUAGAACGUGUGGCAGGCUCCUAUCUUUAGAAAAGUUUCCCCGCGAACAGCGAUUGCGCUCUUCUUCUUGCAUCUAUUGCAUAUCCAUGCAAACUCGGAAAGGCCCUCGCAUUGUGUAUGAGCCCUACGAGAGGAUGUUAUGGGAAAUCAGACGUUUCGAGGCCAGAAUGGGCUGCUACGGCAGUCUGGCAUUUGUGAUCGGAGCCAAGGUCAUCUGUCGUCUGGUGAACAAAGUUUGGCAUGGUAGAUCAGGCAUCUCCGGGUGCGACGACCUCGGCGAGCUAAGAAUGACUCGGUUCCGAAGCGAACUCGAAUGGGCGCCCUGGAAUUCCUUAUUGUUGACUAAAACCGAGGCCGCAAUUCAUCACGGGAUCGGUGAUAUCGAGAGCUUUUAUGAUUCAUCGCUCUUGCAGAAAUUUUACAUGAGGAAUCUCCAGGCGAAAGUACAUUUUGAAUCGAUUUCUCGAGAGCGGAGAAAUAUUGUGACGCCGUCCUCUAUAGAAGAUCAGUAAUUGUAUUAUUUUCUUACUAAUUAAAUAGAAGUAAGAAAAAGUAAGAGGAAGAGUAAAUUUCAGACUUUAGCGGAAAGAAAUUCACACAGAAGCUUUAGCUCAACUUUAAUUCUGCUAAUCGCCAUGUACAAGAGUUACAAGUAUUGUUGUUAUUUACAGAAACAGUUAGAAAGUUGUCGAAGUAUUAGCAUAGUUUAAGUUACAGGAAACUUUCAAUCUUUUUGAUAUUAGGAAAGAUAGUUUAUUGCAUUUACACUUGAUUUGCGCAAUCUUUACCCGCUGCUGCUCGAUCACAAUUGUUUUUCACAAUUGUACAAAUCAUAGUAGUGUGUUUCUGUGAGAGAAAUUUCGCGAGUUGAAGCCCCGUUCUAAGCCAAUUACCAAGUUGUAGAGAAAUGUGCCCGCCUCCGGAUGUCGGCCGUUCGUCCUGGCGAAAGUUGGGCGUCGGGGAAAUACGUUGAGCUCGCAUUAUAGCUGGGACAUCGUCGUUGUUUCUCGCGUUUUCUCGCCUUCAAGGCAGCAUGUCCUGGUCACGUUGAUAGCCCCAGUUAAUCGCGUUGCAGUUUAUGAACUAAGUUUCUAAGGCGAGAAAAGCGCAAAGACGCACCGAUUUGGCUUGGACAUUUAAAUGCUGUUCACGCGCGUGAUGAUUUUCGUGUAAUACGUGUUUCCCAUUUCCUAUUUCUUUGUCUUCUAUGAGAUAAUAUUUUUUAUCAGAAAGUUACCGUGAAUUUUUUUAUAUAUUCGCGAUAACAAUUAAUAUGAACGACAAAAAUAGUAAAAGAAUAAAGAUAUUUAUUAAUAUUAAAAAUAAU